GAUGCAGGGCACCGCGGACCCGGCCGAGGACACCCGACAGCUGACACAGCUGCAAUGUGCACUGAGCGCACACACAGCUGUCAGGCUAUGUUUGGAGUACUCAACAGCUGGCUGGGCCUCCCCUCCUCCUUCCUCAGUGAGAGCUGCACAAGGGGUCCUGGGACAUCAGCACCUGGCACGCACCCCUCCCACUGACCAUCACCCUUCACCUGAGCUCUGGUUUCAUCAUUUCCCAUAUGCUGCCUUCGCUCACACCCAGGGGCUGUGGGUCUCCUCUUUUUCUGAGGCUGGGAAGAGGUUUGCCAGUUGGAUGGGGAGAGUGAGGCCUCCCCCAGACCAAGGCAGAAACUAUGUGAAUUUGGCUGUGGUCAUGUUGGUGGGAGACUCAGGUGUCGGAAAAACCUGUUUGCUCGUACGUUUCAAGGACGGUGCUUUCCUGGCAGGGACCUUCAUCUCCACUGUGGGCAUCGACUUCCGGAACAAAGUUCUGGAUGUGGAUGGAAUGAAGGUGAAACUUCAGAUCUGGGACACAGCUGGACAGGAGCGGUUCCGCAGUGUCACCCAUGCCUACUAUCGGGAUGCACAUGCACUGCUGCUCCUCUACGAUGUUACCAACAAGACCUCCUUUGACAACAUCCAGGCCUGGCUGACUGAGAUCCAGGAAUAUGCCCAGGACGACGUGGUACUCAUGCUGCUUGGGAACAAGGUGGACUCCACCCAGGAGCGAGCUGUGAAGAGGGAGGAUGGAGAGAAGCUGGCCAAGGAGUAUGGACUGCCCUACAUGGAAACCAGUGCCAAGACAGGGGUCAACGUUGACUUGGCCUUCACUGCCAUAGCAAAGGAGUUGAAACAGCGUAUUAUGAAAGCACCCAAUGAACCCCACUUCCUGCUGCACGACUAUGUUAAACAGGAAGGUCGAGGGCCCUUCUGCUGUCAGUUCUGAACAAGGAUUAAUUUUACUCUGAACGGACCCAGCCAGAUAAAGACUGGACGGGAACUCCACAGCCAGCACUUCCAGGGAUUCCUGGGUCAAGCCUCAUCCCCUCUCUGUCCAAGCAGCAAUCUCAAACCUUCAUUCCAAAAAAGCAAAGGUCCUUACACGUGUACAGACCACACCAUGGCGCUCUGCUGCCCCCUCCUGGACAUUCCUAAAGGACCAGGCCACAGGCUAACACGUGUAUGCGCUUCUGUGUGUUCCAAACACCAGCCCAAACUGGCCAGUGUACCCAUGUGCCAAGCCUUGUUUAGGCCCAGCCAUAGCUGAGACCUGAUGUU